AUGGUUGCUCUCAAUCGACACUCAUCCAACAGGACCAUUUCUUGCUCUGCCUGCAAGGAGGCCUCAGUGGUCGUGGUGGACCACGUUGAGGGGAACCAGCUCUGUCUGAACUGCGGCCGCGUUUUGGAGGACGUGCUCAUUUCGGAGCAGCAGGAGUGGCGCAAUUUCAACACUGAGUCGCUCGGACAGGCGGGCGCCGAGAAGAGCAGGGUGGGCGAGGUCAACGACGUCUGGCUCGACGCCACCAGCAGCACCACCUUCAUCGGGGGCUCCAAGAAGAUGCAGCAGCUCCAGAACCUCAUGAGCAACUUCGAGUCCUCGGACAGGUCGCUCAAAACCAGCUUCGGCAUCCUUAGGACCAUCUGCGACUCCAUGAACAUUCGGGAGCAGGUGAUCGAGCGCUCGAAGGAGAUUCUCAAGGAGCUGAACCAGCUGGGCCACCUGAAAUCGCGCUGCAACUCCCUGAACAUUCUGGCAGUCAUAUACUUGGCUCUGCGCGAGAGCUCGGUUUCCCGGUCGCUCAGGGAGCUCGCCAUUUACGAUCGCAACUUGACGGUGAAGGACCUGGGCAGGGCCAUCAACAGGCUCAAGAAGGUGCUCCCGAACCGCGGCAACGCGCCGACCGAGGACGUUUCUCAGCUCAUCCCCAGGUUCUGCUCGAAGCUCAACCUCACCAACGAGAUCAUUACGCUGUGCGAGACUGUUGCCUACCGGAGCUCGCUCCUCCUCACCUCAGCCCACAGGACCACGUCCAUCGCCGCCGGCAUCAUCUACAUGGUCACGCACCUUCUUCUGGGCCGGAGUUCCCCCGUCACCAUGAGUGACAUUGGCGAGGUUUGCGGCGCCAGCGUAGGCACCAUUAAGAACACGCAGAAGGAGCUCUGGGCCCUUCGGGAGAAGCUGUUUCCGCAGAAGUACGCGCACCUCCUGGGCCUGUCGACUUCCUCGGCCGCCGCCUCUGACAAGGCUGAGCAGCCGCCUGUGCGGAGUCUCCUGAGCUCCCAUUUUAAUAACUUUUAA